UAGCAGACUAAACUAAAUUACAACUACAAGUUGUAAACACGUGUUCCAGUAUUGCAAGUUGAACUUCCAACAUAAAUGUUGGCCAGUUCCUUUUAGUUUUUAGUUGACCAAUUCUUGUUUCACUUCAAAAGACAUUCAUCUAAGCUGAAAAAUGGGAAAAUUUAAUGCAAAGUUUGGUGGUGGUAAAGGUGGCAUGAAAAAGAAGCCUUAUGUCAAAAGAAAUCAGCUUAAACCAGUAGACGGAGCUGUCAAAAAAGGAGAGGAGAAAACAUCUACCAAAUCCCUGCCUCAAAAGCUGAAUCCAUUUGAAGUUAAAGUAAACAAGCAAAAAUUUGAAGUUCUUGGCAGGCCCACGAAACAUGAAAGAGGUUUACCUGGGGUCUCACGAGCUAGGGCUCUGCAGAAAAGAAAGAACACAUUGUUACUUGAACACAAGAACAAAUUCAAAUCCAACAAAAUGAUUGACAAACGACUUGGGGAGAAAAAUCCUAACCUUUCUGUUGAAGGUAAAAUGGAAAUGAGGUUUCUUGCUGAAAAAAUUAAGGGCCAGAACAAAAAAUCAAAAUUCUUAUUGGGAGAUGAUGAAGUUUUGACCCAUAGAGGUCAAACCUUAGCUGAUAUUGAAAAGUUUGAUGACCCAAGGAGUGAUGAUGAUGAAGAUGAUGAAGAACGCUUGGGAAAGUCCUUUGUGUCUGAUGCUCACUUUGGAGGUGGAGUUUUAAAAAAGGGAGACGAAUCGGAAGAAACGCGGCAGAAUCGAGAAUCUUUGAUUGACAACCUCAUUGCCGAGUCUAAAAAACGCAAAGAAGAACGACAGAAAGAGAAAGAAGAAACCGACGAUUUGACUGACAAACUUGAUUUGGAGUUCAAGGAUGUCUUGGAUGUUCUUGCUGCAAUUAAAACUCCCAAGAAAAGUGAAGAGCCUCCACCCAAGUUACCUGAUUCAGCUUAUGACAUUCUCGUAAGAGAACUGCGAUUUGAUCCCCGUGUGAAACCCGGCGAUAAAUUGAAAAGUGCCGAUGAAAUUGCGAGAUCUGAGAAAGAAAAGUUGGAGAAGCUGGAAGCUGAUCGCCUUAGACGGAUGAAAGGAGAAGGUGACACUAAAGUAGUUCCACACCGUAGUGCCGAUGACCUAGAUGACGGUUUUUCGUUAGUUCCAUUUGAGCCUGAAACGAAAACUUUGUCAUUUGGGAUGGAUGACAACGAGGAAUCAGCAGAGCCUGCAGACGAAGAAGAAAACUCAAGAGAAGAUGAAGAUGAAGAGGAUGAAGAGGAUGAAGAGGAAAGUGACUCAGACGGAGAAGACAGUUUCUCGGAUUUGGCCUCUAGUCAUGGGGAUGAAGACGAUGAAGAACAAGAGCAGGUGGAAACAAAGCCGAAGUCGGUGGAAGAGAAAGGAGAUGGACAAACCAAGAAAAAAAAGACUGGAGAAAUACCGUUUGUUUUCAAAGUUCCGGAAGAAUAUGAAGAAUUUCACCAACUUUUGCAGUCAUUUAGCGACGCUGAUCAGCGAACUGUUCUCGAGCGUAUGAUAAAGUCUAAUCAUCCGGCUCUCACCGGUACCAACAAGGCCAAAAUGGAGAAAGUUUUUGCUUUCUUGAUGCAGUACAUCCAUGACAUAGCGUCGGGCGAAAGUUUGUCACUAUUGCACAACGUCGUUCCUGUUGUGUUCCAGUUAACACAGUUGGUACCUUCCAGCAAUAUUGCGUCCACAUUGUUGGAUGUCCUUCAAGAAAAACGAGAAGAAUUGUCUUCUCUUGGUAAAAAACGACCCGUAUCUAUUGCCACGCUGGUUUUUCUCAAACUGGCCGCCCUCAUCUUCCCUGCUUCUGAUUUCCGGCAUCCAAUCACUACACCAGCCUUCCAUGUAUUGAUGGAGGCACUCUCCAGUCCCGUCACUAAUCUUCAAAUUGCUCAUAUGGGGCUUGGUUUGUGCACAAUAGCGUACGAGUACGUGGGUCUCAGCAAACGCUAUAUCCCAGAAGUUCUUCACUACCUUCAUGGUCUUGUCGAGCUGGCGAUUCCCAGGCCGUCUCAUGUACCUGCCCAUAAUUUGGUUCACCCGUUUCGUCCGGUAGGACCUGAAUCGCAGCUGCUUGUUUUAACGGCUGAUGGCGCCAAGUCAGUAAUUGCAGACCGAUUAAAACUCAUAGAAAGCGAUUUCAACGACGAAUUCCGUGCUACCGCUCUGUGGGUUACUAUCCGACUGCUGGCUGACUUCCUAAAUUUGUGGAAUGAACUCCCAUCCGCCAGAGAUAUCUACGAUCCUGUUUUGGAAAGCUUACGUCGACUUCCUAUGGAUCGAUACAAUAGCCAAGUACAAGAAUCUGUUAAAAACCUAAUAACUAAUCUGGAGCGUUUGGCCACAAAGCCGAGGAAAAGAUUGACUCACGAAGCCAAAAAACCAAAGCCAUUACGGCUAUAUGAACCAGUCAUUGAAGACCAUUUCGAAGGGCGGAAGAAAAGAGUUGGAUCCAAAGAAAAGCAGGAACAGGAUAAACUCCAACACAAGAUCAAGCGCGAGAUGAAAGGCGCUAUUCGAGAAAUUCGCAAGGACAAUGCAUUCAUCGCUAGAGAAAAGCUCAAAGAGCAGAUUGAUAAGGACACUCAACGUAAGCGUAAAGUCAAGGAGUUGUUAGGAUCUCUGGCUAAUCAGGAAGGAGAUAUCCGAAAGUUAAAAAAACCUAAGAAGAAAUGAUCCCGACCGCUUAAACCAUUUACGUUUUACUACAUGUAUUUUUUUCACUUAAAGAGUCCAUAAAAGUUUCUUUUUGUGGUUGA